AUGAAAAAUCCAAGUGAAGGUCCAAAGUACGAAAAUGAACGAGAAAUAAUACUAUUAGGUUUUUUAAAUGUUGAAAAUGUAUAUGGCUCAAAUUGGAGUAGUAAAAAAAAUGAAAUAAAAAAAGAUAUAGAAUAUAAAGCAGUGAAACUAAACCAAGCUUUUAAAGAUCCCACAAUAUUUCAUGAGAAAUUUGAAUUUCUUUCUUCAGAAGAUUACAAAUAUGUAAAAAAUAAUUAUAUAUAUAGCGCUAUUCUUAUAUUUAAUCCUAGUUUGAAUAAUUGUAAAAAGAGUUCAAACGAAAAGGAAGCGAAGAGUAGUAUUACCAAGGGAGAAGCAAAUGAAGUGAAAAAAAACAAAUGCAUAAUUAAUGAUGGGAAAAAAAGCAAAGACGAGAAGGUGAUACACAUAACGUGGCCGCAGGGUACGAUCACUACUACUGCUGCUACUGCUGCUGCUACUGCUGCUGCUACUGCUGCUGCUACUACUGCUACUACUGCUGCUACUACUGCUGCUACUACUGCUGCUACUACUGCUGCUACUACUGCUGCUACUACUGCUGCUACUACUGCUGCUACUACUGCUACUACUGCUACUACUGCUGCUGUCAUUGCGGCCGCCCCUGAUGAGGGGAAGCACACGGAAGAGCAACAAGCUGCAGACAAACAAAUAAAAAGUAUAUCGGAAAAAAAAAAAGAAGGCAUAGGCGUUUUAGUUGUAACGUGUAAGAAAAUGGAAAAAGUAAAAAUGAAGCAUAUCCUAAUUAAGAUGUUAAAAAAAGAAAUAAAAGUAGAAACAAUUGUUUUAAAAUAUAAAGACAAUAACAGUUCGAACGUUACAAUAAAUAGUAAUGAUGAAAAUAAUACAACUAAAAGUAAAUUAACAGAAAUAAAGUACUUCGAUCAGCAGGACGUAGUGCCAUCUAAUGCUAACAUUAACAAGCACUUCGAUGUGAAAAGAAAUAAUUUUUUUAACAUGACAGCCUAUAUAUAUGGGUCAUCUAACCUUCUAGCAAAUACGAGCUUAGUUCAAAGGGAAUAUAGGGAUGACGAAUGGGCAGAGAAGUUGCGCAGGACGAAAAAAGAAAAAGACGGAUUAAAUAAAUAUUCACGUGAUAACAACAUUGAUACAAAGAGGGAAAAUACAGUAAUAAAGUCUUUUACAUCCUUAUUUAAAAAAUGA